AUUCUUGCCUUCUCUCGAACACAGCCGUCUGAAGUCGGAACAAGCGUUCCUUCUAAGCUGUCCGGGAGUUAAAAACGGAAAUUAAAAUGUUGUUUAUGUUGUAUUGGACUGCUUAAACGCGCUAUAAAUUCGUGUUUCCACUAUGAGUGAUGUUGACCUUGUUGAAGUGGCCCAGCUUGAAGAUGUCGAGGGUUUCGGAAAACUCCGUCUUAACGAGUAGCAGUUACGAGUUGGUGAUGCGUGUUUUCCUACUGGGAAGUCGAAUAUUCAGACUUCCUAUCUGGUGAUGGAUGUAGUGUAUUAAACAGACUGAAUCUGAUCACGUAUGUGUUGUGCUGCCUCGCUUCGGAUAUGGACUUAAAUUGACCGUGGAAUUCCAGAUUCUUCACGGAUGUUGACAUGAUGGCUGAUCAUAAUGUUGUUUUUCUGGGAGGAAGAAUUUCCAGAGAAGUCGUCAGUAUUGCCAAACACUUGAAAGACGUGGAUAAACAGCUGUUUAGACAAAUUAUUAAAGUUGUGGUGAAUGCAUUGGAGGAGAAGGAGUGCAGUGUGUCUAUGACAGACAUUUUAAAGAAUAAUGCACUUCCAGAAGAAAAGCUUACCAACAUUGUUUCAGGCAUUUAUGAGCUACUGAGAGGAGCUUUACGUCUCCCACCAGCUUCAAUAAAACAAGAGAGUUUUGAAGAAGAUCUCCGUGAGCUCAGGAUUUGUGAGGAGUUCAUUGCAGACCUUUCCUCUGUUGUCUUUGGAAAUGGGCGACCAUCAUCCGAUGCUUUACAGCAUGGCCCAAGAUUACCCACAUUUAAAGAAAUUAGAUGGAGAGUGGAUGUUGCAAUUUCAACAAGUUCCUUGUCUCGAGCUCUACAGCCAACCAUUCUGAUGCAGUUGAAGCUUUCUGAUGGGAAUCUUCAUCAAUUUGAGAUUUCUAUGUCAAAGUUUCAGGAGCUGCGGUACAACGUCGCACUUAUCCUAAAGGAAAUGAACGACUUGGAGAAACGAAGUGUUCUCAAGAUUCAGGAUUAUCAUGUUCCUUCAAUUACCUUUUAAAUCAGCAUAUGAAGUUUAAUAAAUAAGAUGUGUUAUUGAAUAUAGUAGUUUGUAAUUGAACAUGUAAUAUUGUAUGUAUGUAAUAUCGUUCAAAUGCAGUUUAGUAAUGAAUUAAAGAAUGAGUUUUUCUUUUUUAAGGAUGGGUUAAAUAAAUUGUCUUUUUCUUACUUUAUUCGAAUUUUUUAGCACUGUCGCCUUGCACCUCCAGGGUCCGGGUUUGAUUCCAGGUACUCAGGUUUCCUCCCACAGUCUAAAGACAUGCAGAUUAGAUUAAUUUUCAUUUCCAAAUUGCCCACAGUGUGUGAAUGAGCAAGUGAGUGUAUGUGUGUGUAACCUGCGAUAGAUUGGCACCCUGUCCAGGGUGUACCCUGUCUCGUGCCCUAAGUUUCCUGAGAGGUUUCAGGCCCCCCACAACCAUGAGUGGUAUAAUUGUCCCCUAAAUAGGCACUUGACAUGGAUUUUUCUACCCAGUAUUUUUAUAGCAAUUCAAAUAUGCUCUUAAAGUAGCAGUUACACUUUAUAAGGUGCAACUAUUCUCAUGCUUUAAUGUUGUGUGUGUGUGUGUGUGUGUGUGUGUGUGUGUGUGUGUGUGUGUACACCAGACUGAAGCAGGUUGUAAGUUUGUAUGAAAAUGUGAAUGUGUAUAAAUCAAAAUAAUUAGAUAGUCCCUGAUGAGCAAGCAGAGGGCAACUGUGGCAAGGAAAAACUCCCUGAGAUGGCUAUUGGAAGAAACCUUGAGAGGACCCAGGCUCAACAUAGAACUCUAAUUUGGGUGAUAACAGAUAGCAGGGAUUGAUCUGCAGUCACACUGUUUGUAUGUAUCACUUCUCAGUCCUUUCGCUACCGAAUCUAUGGUAUCUACUCCUGGAAAAAUAAAUGUCAGCUUUGUUGUCACAUUGAAAAUGGCACCAUUUUUUUUUUCCUUAACUUAUUUGACAAUAAAUACAUACAGUAGUGCCGA